ACGAAACCAAAACCAGCUUGCCGGGCCCUCUGCACCGCCCGCGCUCCGCUGGGUUUGGGGCUUCCUCGCGGCCGCCAAGGGCGCGUCUCUCCUCCACCAUGGCAUCAGUUUCGAAUGUCAAGAAAUCGAGAGCUCCUGAAAGAACCAUUGUCGUUGCUGGUCUUCCUGUUGGCCUUUUGAGUGAUCAGUUGCUGACUACAUUAGUGGAGAGUUACUUCCGAGACAUUAAAAAUGAGGGUGGAGAUAUUGAAGAUGUGAUAUAUCCAACAAGAACCAAAGGAGUUGCAUAUGUAAUAUUCAAAGAAAAGAAAGUUGCAGAGAAUGUUGUCAGACAAAAGAAACACCAUCUAGCAAUUCAGAAGAUGGUACAUGCUCAACUCACAGUCUCUCACUUUAGUGAAAAGGUCUUCAGCUCUGUGAAAGCUACCCUUGAUCUUUCUGUUUUUCGUGGUCAAAUUAUCCUGGAAAGCCUGGUAAUAGACCUGAAAAAGAAAAUCCCAACUUUAAACUUCAGUCCCUUGGGACCUGGAGGAAGAAUCUCUGUGGAAGGACCCUUUCUGGCUAUCAAGAAGCUCAAAGAGUCUUUGCUAUCAAAAGCAAGUUCUCUUUUAGAAGAAAACAGGAAUUUUAUGACUGAAGGGAGAAAACAGAACAGACAAAGCCCUGAAAAGAGUCUACAGAGAAGUGAUAACUUGGUGGAGACGCUCAGGCCCUUAGUACCUGAAACUGUUAGAAGCCCAGAAAUGCUUGUGAUGGACACAGAUGUUUUCCUUUACCUGAAAUGGAAGUGUGAGUUUUAUGAAAUCACACUGAACAAAUUUAAUAUUCUAAGUCAGGAGAGGGUGGAUGGUGAUGUCACCACCAUUUGUCUAGCAAGUGCUCAAGGUGAUUCUGGGCGAAACAGUGCGCGGUACGUAAAGGAGCUCAUUGAGGAAUGGGUCCAGGCUCUUCACUCUGAGCUUAGGAAAGAGACAUUUAUUUUGGAAGGAAAGGGAAAUAGAGAGAAGAGAAAUAUUGAACGGGUAUGUGAACAACUACAAUCAAGACACCUUAGGGUUCUGGUUAAUUUUCAUAAGACACACAUUGACAUUAUAGGUUCUUCUCCUGACACUUACCUAUUUAAAAAAGAGGUCAUGAAAUUAAUAGGGCAAAAGGUUAGUUAAUAAAAUCUCAGUCAUAGAUGUUAAUAGUGCCCUUCCCUUACCGAGUAGUGACUAUACCCAUACUACUCUAUCUAGCUCACAUUUCACCUUUGGUCACCAUCUUUCUUUGUGAGCAUUACUAUCCUUAUGUUGUAGGGGAAGAAACUAGGAUUUGGGGAAAUUAAAACUCUUGUGAAUUUAUUCAGCUAACAAGAAAUGAGACUGGGAACCUAGGAAUGGGAACCUAGUCUAUCUGAUUACAAAGAUAAUAUCUAAAUAAAACUUUGGAAAAACUAAACUUCCAAGAAAUCUCAUAUUCUCUGGAAAUCCAAAUUAUUAGAAAAGAAGUAGCCUGAACACAUGGGAGUUUGGAUGAUCAUUAUGCCUGUUGGCAAUUUGUUAAUAGUUACCAAGUCUGUAUUUACUCAUAGAAUUAGAAUGAUAUCAAAAAACUUGGGAAACUACUUGAAAGUAUUUUUAA